UCUUCCUCUUCAACGAAUAACGAUUACGGUACACCGGCAACCGUAGCACCAUCCACGGGCACAACACAACAGUGUGUAGCAUGCGAAGCUGAUAGACAUCAUCAACUGCAACAGGCCCAUCAUUCACAUCAUUCAUCGGAGGGAGAGCGUAAAAGUCGACGCAGCAGAAUGUCACAUUCGAGUUCCAGUUCAAUGCGUGGUACCUCAUCACGGGGCUGUGCAUCGAACAAUACCAAAUCGGUAUCACCCGGUAGCUAUAGUUGUAAUGCUUUAAAUGUGGACUUCAGCACGUACACGGCCACACAUCAGUGGUCGAAAAUGUUGGAAUGUGCUGAAUUUGUGGGGGCCAAACGCUCCAAACACACUGUGGUGGCCUACAAGGAUGCCAUGUAUGUUUUUGGCGGCGACAAUGGCAAAACCAUGCUCAACGAUUUGAUAAGAUUCGGUGUCAAGGAUAAAUCCUGGGGUCGCGCCUGUGCCACGGGCACACCACCAGCACCCCGCUAUCAUCAUUCUGCUGUUGUCUAUGGCAAUUCCAUGUUCAUAUUUGGUGGUUAUACUGGCGAUAUACACAGUAACUCUAAUCUCACCAAUAAAAAUGAUCUAUUCGAAUAUGAGUUUCAACGUGCCAUGUGGGUUGAAUGGAAAUUUUCGGGAAAAAUGCCAGUGCCACGUUCAGCUCAUGGUGCUGCGGUAUAUGAUGAUAAAAUGUGGAUAUAUGCUGGCUAUGAUGGUAAUGCGCGUCUAAAUGAUAUGUGGACAUUGAAUUUAACAGGAGAAAACCACCAAUGGGAAGAAGUAGAACAAAAAGGAGAUUGUCCGCCAACAUGUUGUAAUUUCCCCGUGGCUGUAGCUCGUGAUUGCAUGUAUGUCUUUUCUGGCCAGAGUGGCAUGCAAAUUACAAAUUCCCUCUUCGAAUUUAAUUUUAAAACAUUAACAUGGCGCCGCAUCGGCAACGAAAGUGUUUUACGUGGUGUCAGCUCUCAACCACCAUCCCGCCGUUAUGGCCACACUAUGGUCCACCAUGAUCGCUUUCUUUAUGUAUUUGGUGGUUCAGCCGAUUCAACAUUACCGAAUGAUUUGCAUUACUAUGAUUUAGAUACACAGGUGUGGUCGAUAAUACAACCUGAACCAAAUUCCGAUAUACCUUCGGGUCGUGUAUUCCAUGCAAGUGCUGUCAUAAGCGAUGCCAUGUAUAUAUUUGGUGGCACUGUCGAUAAUAGUGUACGUCGUGGUGACACGUAUCGUUUUCAAUUCUCCAGCUAUCCCAAAUGUACACUACGCGAUGAUUAUGGGAAAUUUUUCAACGAAAAACAAUUCUGUGAUAUACAGUUUAUAUUGGGACCGGAAGAGGUGAAAAUAAUGGCACACAUUGCCUUUGUGGCAGCUAGAUCGAAGUAUUUGCGUACGAAAAUUUUGGCAGCACGUGAUGCUAGACAACAGCAAAUGGAAAAGGUAUUUGGUUCGGGCAUUGAGGUAAGGACAUGUUCUACUUCCUCGAAUCAAGGACCUCUGCUAGAAGUUCGUUUGCCCAAUGCCAAUCCAGAGGCAUUUGAAAUUAUACUAAAUUACAUUUACACCGAUCGUAUAGAUCUCAAGGAAUCAUAUAAUAAAAAUAUAAUUAUUCUCAUAACGGAUAUUUAUCAAUUGGCUGGAUUGUUUUUAAUGCCGCGUCUAGCUCAUGGCUGUAUACAGUAUUUGGAUUAUAAAAUAAAUAAACAAAAUGUUUUGGAGGCUCUCUACAAUGCUGAUAAGAAGAAGAUACAAAUUGUCAAGGACCAUUGCAUGCAAUUUUUGGUUAAAGAGGAAAACUUUACCGAUGUCGUCAUGUCGAAUGAAUUCAGCGAUUUGGACAAGCCAUUACUGGUGGAAAUUAUACGCAAAAAAUUAAGUCCAGGCAAAUUAAUUGUGGCCGAUCCAAAUUUAGAUAAAAAUGUGGGCACCACAUUGGAGAGUGACAUGGCCGUAUUUUUGGAAUCAACUGGCAAGGAAUUUUGCGAUAUAAAUCUUUUACUGGAUGGUCAUGUUAUAACAGCCCACAAAUCAAUUUUAUCGGCCCGAACGCAAUAUUUUCAGGCAAUGUUUAGAUCAUUUAUGCCACCAGAUAAUACAGUUAAUAUUUCCAUUGGCGAUAUCUUACCAUCGGUUGAGGCAUUUCAAUCAUUAUUACGUUAUAUAUAUUAUGGCGAAACGAAAUUACCACCCCAAGAUGCACUCUAUCUAUUCCAAGCACCACAUUUUUAUGGUUUAUCCAAUAAUCGUUUACAUUCAUUUUGCAAAUAUUCCCUUGAACAUAAUAUAACCUAUGAGAAUGUCCUCCAAACUCUGGAGGCAUCAGAUUAUACGAAAAUUUUCGAUAUCAAAGAGCAUGCGCUCAAAUUGAUUGUUAAGGAUUUUGCCCGAGUGGCGCGGCUACCGAAAAUCGCAUGUCUCUCGCGUGAAUUGCUGUUGGAAAUCAUACGGGCGGUGGCCGAUUCACAUGGUGAAUUCUUAACACGUAUUAGUAUUAAUACAGAUAUCUGAAAAUUGGUGUUAUUA